UGGACGUAUUUAAACGCGUAGCUGGCACACAUGACUUGUGAUGUGUAGCGAAAACAGUCAAGUGUUAUUUAUUGUAAACCUUAUUAUGAACAACACAAUAUAUAGAUAGAGGUCUAUUUCCUGGAUUGAUAUAUGAAAUCGUUUGAGAAUAUAUAUAUACGUAUUGAUGAGGCGUGGCAGUGCAUGUUCUCUGUUACUUAUUAAACUGUCGAUGUUUUAAACAAGGAACAGUGUGCGUUGAUUUUGGAGUAAUUUACAACUGCUAUAUCUUCCUCAUGCUUUUAACAACCCUGUUUAUCCACUGAUAAAAACAUAUUGACAGACACGCCAGUCGAGCAAUUUGGGCAAAGCAGUUUUGGAUUUAGGUACACAAGCAAGUCUUGAUUAAGGGGAAGCUGUUGUGCUCAAAUGGCGUUGUUCCGAGCAACCAUCCGGAGAGGCGGCGGGGAGACCAGUGACCACGAACAUCCGGUUGACAUGGAGGAUUCGCCGAAAGUGGCUGCACAAGAGCUCAAGAAAGCCAUAUGGCACGCGUUCAAUAUGCUGGAUGUAACUAACACUGGGGUGGUACAUGUAUCACAGCUCAGGGUGAUCACUGCGAGUAUUGGCAUGAAAUUCGGCAUUAACAAGGCUGAAGAGUUUUUGAACCACGAUGAGGUCACGGAAAUGGACUUUAGCACUUACUUUGAAAUCGUCAGAGUGAAAUUAAUAAAUGACGAAACAAAUACAAUGAGAGACACUUCACACGCUGUGCAGUACGAUGCCAUAAAGAUCUGCUGGAGGUUCUGUGACUUCGAGAGGACACAUAAAUCGGUUGCAGUCACAACAGAGCACUGUUUUGUGUUAUGGCGGCUUUUCAACUUCCUGUCUGAAACAGACGACAACGAGGACGCAAUAAUUCCUGUCAUGCUUCACCCGGAGGAGGCCGCUUUGGUAUUUCGGGGAUUCCUUGACACAACUGGACAGAAAGCUAAGGAACAUAUCGUUGAAAGUUUCAUACGCGAUUCUGCAGACAAAUGUGUUACAUACAGCCAGUUUUUGGACUUGUUUGAAAAGGAAUUCAUACAAGGCCUGACAAUCAAACACGUUUCUGAUGGACUUAAUCAGCUUUCCGAAAAGUACCUGACUAACAUAUUAAUGAAAGGUAUGAUCCACAAGCGAGGCUACAAGCACAAGAGCUGGAAGGACCGUUGGCUGGUCCUGACCCCGAUUCAGCUGCGCUAUUACGUCAACUCGCAAGAGAAAUUAAUUAAAGGUUCAAUAACAUUUGACGACUCGUGUAAAAUUCGAGUUCAGCAGGAUCGGCCCACUAGUAAGCAGAACCGGUUCAUUCUGGAGACGUCCAAGAAACCGUACGAGAUGAGUGCAGCAGACGUGAAAACCAAGAACGAAUGGGUGGCAGCGUUAGAAGAGGCAAUAGGUCGAGUUGGCAAGGACCCACAUAUCCAGAGAGAGGCAACACGUGCGCGGUGUUGCGCGCGCAGACAGCGUCGACAGCAGACGGCUGACGAGGAACGCAGACGUCAAGAGGAGACAGAAUUUCUCAACAGACGACUGCAAGAACUUGAUGAAGAGAAAAAGAAACGGUUAGCAGAUGAAGAGCUUUUAAAAGCGAGAAUGGGAGAACUAGAAGCGGAGCGCAAGAAACGCGAGGAGGCUGAAGCCCGGUGGCAAGAGGAGCUAGCGCUUCGUGAAGCGGAACAGCAGCGGCUACGGGAGCUGCAGGCCAUCAAAGAAGAGCUCGAGCGCCUCCUUGCGGAAGAGCGGCAAGCCAAGAGGGACGAGGAGAUUGUGCGGAACCUCCAGUCACGAUUGCUGGAAGAGGAAUCCGAGAAACGAUCUGAGCUAGAGCGGCUGCAACAGAAGCAGGAGGAGAUGUUGCGCGCGGAGCGCGAGCAGAAGGCGGUACUGGAGAGCGACCGGAAGGAGCAGGAGCGCCUCCUAGCGGACGCAAAGAUGCGUCUGCGGCAGCUGGAGGAAGAGCAAGCGGAAGCAUCUAGCAAAAUGCAGGCAACGGCUGAAAAGUUGCAGAAGGCUGAAAAUGAUCGCAAGAUCAUGGAAGAGAAAGCCCAGCUGUGGAAGCGACCGAUCGGUCUAGCAAAGCCCGUACAACCCACGUUUAAUCCCCUGAUAUCACAUCGUGGCCAGGGAGCAUUCUGUCAGGACGAUUUUGUAAAAAGGGAAAGGGAUAAAGAGCCAAAUGCUGAUAAAUCAGGAAACGAUUCUGAUGAGCAGCUAAAUGGGAGAUGUCACAGCCCUGUUCCGAGGAAACGUGUGAUUGUACGAGUAAAAGAAGAAGCUCCAAAGCCCGCAAAUAUUGAUAAUAAGAUGGGGUCAAAAGAAGACCUUGAAAACAAACCAGAUGAGCAGAGUAUUGAAGAUUGUAAUAUGCUAAAUGCUAACGGUGGACGCCCUGUUCCGCAGCAACGCAUUAGCGCACGUGUUAACGAUAAGAAGGAUGAACAAGACGAGUCGCCAAAGCGUACCGAAAUUGAAAAUAAGAUGGAACCCAGAGAAGAUCUUCAAGAAAAAACAGAUGAGCUGAGUUUGAAAGAUUCAACAAAUGCAUUUGAAAUAAAAGCAGAUAUGAACAGACUCGUAGCUGAAAAUGUUAUUACCAUAAUUGUGUCUGAUGAAAACACUACGAAUAAUGAAAUAGACGAGGGAAAUAGACUAAAUGCAGUUAAUUUGGCAACAGACGAGACUCACGACAGCGUGCAGGAAAAUAGUGAAGGUGACAAUCACGGACAUGAAAAUCGAAAAGAAUUACCAGAUGGUGAUCAUAAUCUUCAGGGCAAACCUGAAACAGACGUUACAGACUAUAUCACUGACGAAAGCGAUGCGACUUACAGUCAAUCUGAUGACGACACAGACGAUACGGGUUCUAUUGGAAACAUUGAAGACAAUACUGAAAAUACGACUGAGAAUCAAACCAAUGAGGAAAUCUGACACUUAACACGGAGACGACACUCUCAUUUGUCGAGGAGGCCCCAAACACGGAUGCAUUCAAUAGUGAUGUUGAUGGGAAUUGCAUUUUUGCAAAUUUUGGCAUUUUGACUUUAAAUUGAGUGUGUUUUGAUAUGUGUCUGCAUUAUUAGUUGUUUUGUAUACAUGUUUGAUGAGUAUUCAUUUACUUGCUUUGCUCAUAUUUAUUAGCUUUUGUUUUCAAAUAAUUAUUUCUCAUUGCCUUUUAUUUAUAAUAUUUAAGGAUAUUAAUAAUCCACACCUUUUUGAACAAUGUAUUUUUAACACUAGCAUACACUUGUUUUGUACAUUUAUGUGCAUAUAAAC